CACUUCCUGAGGCUGUGCGAGCACCUGGACUGCACGCCCGACAUCUGGGCGCUGCACGACUGGAGCACCUGGCUGACGCCCUUCUUCCGGCCCGGGGGCCGGCGCUUCGACACCGCCUUCUACCUGUGCUGCCUGCGAGAGCCGCCGCCCGUCUGCUUGGACAUGGCCGAGGUGGUGAGCAGCCAGUGGUCAUCUCCAUCAGAAGCAACAGAAAGCUUCCUGUCCAAAGAAAUUUGGUUGGCACCCCCACAGUUCUACGAAAUAAGAAGACUGGCCAACUUUGCCUCUCUCUCAGACCUGUACACAUUUUGCCUGGACCAUGCAUUAGAAGAGAGGGAAAGGUGGAUGCCGAUCACACUGUUAACUGCUAAUGGGGCAAUCCAGCUUCUACCAGGAGAUGACCUGUACUUGGAAGAUUCGGACUAUCUAGAAAAAAAUUUAUCCACGGAAAAAAAUACUGCAGAAAUCAUGCAGGAAGGCAAGACCUUUCAUCGAAUGGUGCUUCACAAUCGCCAUCUUUAUAGUCUCCAUGUGACUUUCCAGUCAAAGUAUAAGCAUAUUUAUCCUAAGACCUAUGUAGUGAGUGAGAGUCGCUUGUAGGAUGGUGCUUCCUCAGAAGAGUCUGUUUGAAGCAGUCAGUUCUAACGAGAAGGGUUGACGAAGCUUCCUCGGAACGUCAGAACACGAUGUCUGUAAAAGUUACUGCACCUUCUUACUUCAGCUUCUCCCUGGCUUAUUUUGGAGCCCUAUUGAUGUAGUGGCUAUGCAUUGGGCUCUUAACCACAAGGUCUCCAGGGAAGGAAGGUGGGGGCUUCACCAUAAAGAUUUACAGCCUCGGAAAUCCGAAGGGGCCAUUCUGUUUGAUCCUUUGAGGGUCUCUGAGUUGGAAUCGACUUCAUUGGCAGCGGGUGAGGUUCUCGCUUAUUUUAUUCCGUAAGUUGUACAAUGUACCACAACUAUAGUAUUAAUGAUCUUAUCAAAAUGAGGGGGGAAAUCCACCAGCGUUUCUAUUUCUGUGUUGUUUUUAUUACUGUGGUGUUUAAGUAAAAUUACCUACUGUUCCUGUUCUCUUAAUCAUCCAGUGUGUGUGCACU